AUGAAUCCGACGAUCCCAUCGCCACACGCACUGCAGCCGUCGGCGCUGGCCAAGCUGUCGUUGCGCGACAAGCUGCUGCUCGCACAGGCGGUGCACGAGGUGGGCACGUCGCCGCCCGACUGGGGCCGCGUGUCGUCGCUGCUGCUCGCGCAUCCGCUCAUCCGCCAACAGUCGCGUCUCGAGCAGGCCGCGCAUGCCGGCCUCACGCUCGGCCGCAUCUUUGGCACGCGCGAGUGCGAGCGCGCAUGGACCGCGCUCAUGCGUCAGCGCGGCCUCGUGCUCAGCAAGGAAGAGGCGGCACCCGAACCACCCACACCCACGACCCCCAGCACGCCCAAGCCCAAGGAGCCGCGCGGGCUGCAGCCGCGCACCGACCGGCGCUCGCAGCUCGCGCUCGCACAGCUGCUGUACGCCGAGCGCAUGGAAGAGCUCAAGGAGCAGAUCCGCGAAAAGGAGGAGCAGUUCAAGAGCCUCGUCAAGGAGAUCGACGACAUCAAGUCGGGCAAGGCGGAUGCAAGGCUCGAGAUGGAGCUGCGCAUCGAGAUGGAGAACCUCGCCAACGGACCACCGCUGCCGCCGUCCACACCGGCAAGCGCGGCGCCAUCCGUAGCCGCACCUACCACGCCCGGAUCCAAUGCAUCCACCACGCCAAAGAGCGCCAAGAAGGGCCGCACACGCGCAGAGAGCUCGGCAACCCAGCCGGGCGAGCUGUCCAAGGGCUCGCCGCGGUCUGAAGUGGGCUCGGCACCCAACAGUGCAUCCAAGAAGCAGGAGGCCAAGCCGAGCGCGCUCGAACCGAGCUCGCCGACCAAAUUGAUACCAGGACCCACGCCGGCGUUGCCCAGUACACCUUCGAUCACACUUCCGCCGCCCAUCUCGGCGAACAAGGCCGCGGUGUCAGAAGCAGUAGCCUCGACCUCAACAGGCACCCCAGCAACAGCAGCAGCGGCAGCAGUGGAGGCAGCGACGGCGGCACCAGCGGCACCAGCGCCAAGCUCAGCAGUCGGUGACAGCGCUGCUGUUGCUGCGCCAUCGGAUGGUGCGGCUGCAUCGGGGAUGACGACGGCCGAGGCAGAGCAGGCGGUGGCGUCGGCAGCCACGCACGCGGCAGUGCAGGCGCUGCAGGACGAGAAGGCGGCGAGCAAGGCGCUCGAGGCACAGGUGGAGCAGGCGGCGGAAAAGGUGGUCGAGACCUCGACGAAUCUCGAGCUGGCGGCGCAGGCCGAAGGCAGCAGCACAGCCGAGCAGAGCGGUGCCGCCUCGUCCGAGGCCGGCGAAUCUGCACCCGCCGCGGCGCCACCAGCAGCGGCGAAGGAGGUGCCCACGAAAGACGUCGCGCCGGCUGCGCCUGCGGCAGACGUGGUGGUCAAGGAGAAGGAGCCGGCACCGGCUGUGCAGAGCGAUGCAGCUCCUGCCGCGCCGACAGCGGCCGUGGAGGGAAAGACAGCCGAAGCGCGCGUCGAGUCGGCCGGGGCAGUCGCCGACGCAGUGUCGAACAAACGAAAGCGCAGCGGCGACGACGAGGCAUCUGCAGCGGCAGAGGAGACAAAGGCGGACAAGCGCGAGCCAGCUGCAGUAGCGCCGACGGAUGGCGGCUCGCCGGUGAAGAAGGCACGGACGGCGGAUGCGGUCGUGGCGUCGUCCGACGGCGAGAUGGACAGCGAGGACGAGGCGGCGGCUGCGAUUGGCGUCGAGAGCGAAGCUGCGUCCACCCAGCCGAGCGCCGACCAUUCCAGCAAAGCUGGUGAAGCUGUCGAGACCAAGGUUGCGGAGGGUGAUGCAGCGAUGGAGGAUGGCACGGCGGGAACGUCAUCGGACGAAGACGAGGCCGAGGACCAAGUGCAAUCCGUCCCCUCUAGUCGCAGACGCAGUGCUGCCAAGUUGGCCGAAUCCGACACUCGCACUGCGGAUUCCCGCGCUAGCGCCUCUCGCACAGCAGCAGUCAAGAGCGAACCCUCGCGCACAUCGACACCCCCCUCGGCGAUGAGCGAGCGCAGCAAGGCGGCCAAACGCAAGCAGGCCCAGGUGCUGAGUAUGCUGCUGACGGAGGUGUCGAACCACACGCACGGCAACCUCUUCCACGCACCCAUCAAGGAGCAAGAUGCACCGGACUACUAUACGCUCAUCAAGCAGCCGCUCGACAUCAAGACGAUCAAGGCGCGCAUCAAGGAGGGUUCGAUUGGGACGCCCAAACAGCUGCGCAAGGCGCUCAACCUCAUGUUCGCCAACAGUCUGCUGUACAACCGCCCGGGGACCGAGGUGCAUCGUAUGGCCACGGAGAUGUCUGCUGCCAGCGAGGACAUCUUUCGGCGGUUCGAAGGCACGCAGCGCUUCUAA